AUGGCGAAUCCUCCUCCGGGGGAGACAUACGAUUUUGACUACUCCCAUCGCCAUUUGUAUACGGCCAAUAUGGCGGUGAUUUCGGCGGGCUUAAUCAUCAGCACUAGCUGCUUAUUCCUGCGAGUGUAUACCAAGGCACAUUUGCUGCACAAGUUCGGAUGGGAUGAUGUGUCAAUUAUUCUUGCUUGGGUGUUCUCUGUGAGCACCCAAGCAUGCUCCAUCUAUGGAUACAAACACGGGGGCAUGGGAGUCCACUUUUGGAAUGUGACGCCUGCAGUCUAUGAAGUAUAUAUCAAGGUUGUCCUCUCCGCAGCCAUCGUCUACGUCCCGGCUCUUGCCCUUGCAAAAAUUAGCCUGAUUAUCCUUUACUACCGCAUUUUGUGUCACAAACGGUACCAACAAUGGAUUCUAUACGGCAUCGCGUUCGUGGUCAGUAGCUACAGCUUUGCGCUCGUCAUGGCCUUCAUUUUUGGCUGCCAUCCAAUUCAAAAAGGGUGGAAUAUAUCAGUCACGGGGACAUGUGUCAACCAAUACGCGCUGUAUGUUGCAACAGCCGUGUUGAACAUCAUCUCCGAUAUUGCGUUGAUUCUGGUGCCUAUCCCAACGGUUUUGGGGCUGAAUAUGCCGGGAAUACAGAAGCUAGGCCUCUCUCUGAUGUUCAUGGUUGGCUGCGCAACUCUUGUCACGGGCAUCAUCCGUCUUAUCACUUUGAUUCCCUUUCUCAACUCCCCUGACCCAACCUACAAUAUCGGUCGACCGGACUUAUGGAUCAACAUCGAAGCAAACUUUGCCAUUAUCUGCAGCUGCCUCCCCUUCCUCCGAAAUUUCCUCCGCCGCUACGCCCCCCGCUUGAUCGGUGAAAACAGCAGUCUUGCGCGUCGUUAUAAGAGCUACACUUAUGAUUAUACUGGGGGAAGCCGAGGCCGUCGAAAGGAGGGUCUCACGCAGCUACAGGAUGAUAUUGAGCUUGCUGAGAAUGGAGCAAGUAUGCAUAGCGGAGUUAGGAUAUUUAAGGAUGUCAAGGUGGAGAUUACCACGGAGACGAUGCCGGAUAUGAGUCAGGAAAGUCCGAUUUAUGGCUUGUUUCAUUGCAUAUUUGUCGUUCACACACAUGACUAUACUAUGUUAUUGCUGCCUCAGUCAGCAAUGGGCUUUGAUUUAGGAGAGCCAAUUUGCUGUCGGUGUCAGCUACUCACAGUCUCAGGUGAGGAAACUCCUAAGCUUGAUUCGGUCUUGUGGUGCCUAGAUGGUUAUUGUCGGUUACUUCAGCGCAAGGGAAUUCUAGCUCUUUCAUGUGACAUUGCUCUUACACACUCAAGUGCUCCACACACGAAGGCAGACGCCUCUGCAUCGAUAUCCAUUCAAGACACCGGGUUGGAAAGCGUUCUUUUCACUGUUGAAUGGGUUGUCCCUGACGAGUCCCUUCCAUUUGCUUCUCAAGUACUCACAGAGAGUGGCUUUCUUCAGGUAGCAAAGCCUAAGCACUCUAAUGUCUAUCUGGGGAAUUGGGAUGGACUCUGCCAAAUUCAUACUAGAAACAUCGAACACGGAUCCCCCAUUCAUCUUUAUCCCCUCUCCGCUUUUCAUCUAACUCUUGAAGAUACGUUUGAAGCUCCAGCCACAUUUGGUUCUGAUUUACGAAUGCUGACGCCGAAACCGCCCAGGUAUAUGUUGUCAAUGAUCCGGCAUCUCAUUGACCAUCCUACAAACCAGAAUAUGCGACACCGGGUCAUAAUGGAUCUUUCCUGCUUUAUUCAGGGAUCUGAAAGAGAGUUCUUUAAAAAGAUGCCGGCGGCAAUUGAGGAGGUCAGGUCCUGGGACUGGAGAGAUGGCUAUGAUGAAGAAUAUGGGAAGGAUGCUGAGAGUAUCAUUUGUGACCCUAGAAAGAUGGAUACACUGACCCGGCUCAAUAAUGUCUGA